UACCUCGCGAACGUCGCGGUCGCGCCGGAGGCGCGGAGGCAGGGCGUCGCGAGCGCGAUCAUCGAGAAGAGCGAGCGAGUGGCGAAGAUGUGGGGGUACGAUGAGUUAUGGCUGCACGUCAACGUGGACAACCCGAGCGCGAAGAAGCUGUACGAACGCGCCGGGUACGCGUUUCACUCGGAGGAU